AUGGAGACAAAGCCUCUAUCAAAAGACUCGAUGCGGUCGACAUGGCGCACAGCUGACCGUUCUCAAUGGAGUCGUGCGCACUGGGCCUUGGAGAUACUCAAUGUACAUCCAACCGAACUCGACAAGGAGAUCCCCGUGCAUCCAAAGGAUGAGAAAUUACCCUACAUGCCUCAAUGGUCCCUCCAACGCUGGGUACUCUUCUACUCAGCCCUGCCACUCCUGCUCCACCAAACCUUCACAACCUACACCGGCAUCACUCUCAGCCCCUUUGUGACAUUCAAUCUCUACUUCUUCGCAUUCAACGCCACAAUCAUCUACCAGGUCCACAUCCUCCGCCGUCUCGGCCACAUCCACGGCUUCCUCGAUGGGGACAAGCACGAGCGUGACGGGAUUCCCGACGUCGGCGUCACCAAGGUUGUCGCCUCCCUAUACAAAACGACCGGUUCCCGCCUCGUGCUCGCCACCUACCUUACCUACAACCGUACCACUCUACCCAGCCAACUGAACUGGGCCUGGCUCCCGCUAGAGAUCGGCCUCUACGGCAUCAUCCUCGACUUUUGGUUCUACUGGUAUCACCGCCUCAUGCAUGACGUGAGCUUCCUGUGGAAAUUCCACCGGACGCACCAUCUCACCAAACACCCCAACCCUUUGCUCGCCGCGUACGCAGACCACGAGCAGGAAUUCUUCGACAUGGUCGGCGUCCCGCUGAUGACCUGGUUGACUAUGCGCACCAUGGGCAUGCCAAUGGGAUUCUACGAGUGGUGGAUCUGUCAUCAGUAUGUGGCGUUUGCGGAGGUCUUUGGGCACAGUGGGUUGAGGAUGCAUUUGACUGUGCCGUCGACGUUGAGCUGGUUGUUGCAGUGGUUGGAUGCGGAUAUCGUGAUUGAGGAUCAUGAUCUGCAUCAUCGGAAGGGGUGGAGGAAGAGUCAUAAUUAUGGCAAACAGACUCGCUUGUGGGACAAGGUUUUUGGAACCUGUACGGAGCGGAUCGAGUCCAAGCCGGAUAAUGUGGACUAUGAGAAUGUCGCCAGGAUGCCUCUUUUCUGA